AUUUGAAGCUUACUCGCACACAGGCAACGACUCACUCAGAUUUUUCUUUUUUCAUUGACGGUUACUCUUUCACUCUUCUUGCCCCCUCUUCAGUCACUUGGCAUGCUCUCUUCUCCCCUUCCUCUUCUUUGCUGUGCAGGCUAGCAAGCAGUAGGAGUGGCAUUGAUCGAAUUUGUUUUCAGCAUUAGUGUUAUCCAGCCUCUGUCCUUCCACCUGAGAGAAUCCGCAUUUUGUUCUCAUCCUCAUCAAUCAUCUCUUUCUCUCUCUCUCUCUUCUUUCCAUCAAAUCACAAUCUUUGUUUGUAGACAGUGUGAAGCCAAACAGUGGCCGCAUUGUCUCCACCCCUUCUUCCUUGGCCCCUCUGCUUGCUGCCCAGCCCAUUUUCGCAGCAGCAGCAGCAGCAGCAGCUUCGACCCUGGGCUCUUCGUCUGCAUGAGUGUUGUGUUCCCCUGACCUCACGAAACAAUGAGAGAUGGCUGCAACUCAACCAAGAAGAGCAAGCUGUCGUGGUCCAAGAGCUUGGUGCGCAAGUGGUUCAACAUCAGGAGCAAGGCCCACGACUUCCACGCCGACGAUGCCGCCGCGGCCGGCCGCAGAGGCGGCGGCGGCGACGACGACGACGAGUGGAGGGGCAGCAGCUUCACCAGGAGGGAGCCCAGCACGGCCAAGAAGAGCAAGACCGAGAGGCCGUCCAGGAGGAGCCGCGAGCACUCCAGGCGGGGCAAGAUCGACCUCGACGCCGCCGAGGCCACCGUCACCAUGGACUACAGGAUCUUUGUUGCUACGUGGAAUGUGGGUGGCCGAUCCCCUCCGAGCGGCAUGGGUCUCGAGGACUGGCUCCACGCCGCGCCGCCAGCCGACAUCUACGUCCUCGGGUUCCAAGAGAUCGUGCCGCUGAACGCCGGGAACGUGCUGGGGACGGAGGACAACGGGCCGGCGAGGAAGUGGGUGUCGCUUAUCAGGAGGACGCUGAACACCCUCCCAGGCGCCAGCACCAGCGGCAGCUUCCGGACGCCGUCGCCGGCGCCGCCGGACCCGGUGGCGGAGGUGGACGACGACUUCGAGGGGCUGUCGAGGCACCAGAGCAACAACGCUGCCUUCUUCCAGCGCCGGUCGUUCCACAGCCGGAGCCUGAGGAUGGAGGGCGACAUCCUCGCCCCGCAGCCCAGGCUGGAGCGCCGGUACAGCGUCUGCGACCGGGCAAUCUACGGCUCCCGCCGGCCCAGCGACUACGAGGCGCACUGCCGGUGGGGUGGGUCGUCAGACGACGACAAUAACACCGGGGAGUCGCCGAGCACGGUGUACUCGCCAAUGUCGUAUGGUUACGGCCACGCGCCGUCUUUGGACGACAGCCAUAGACCAGCUUCUGGUCACACAAGAUAUUGCCUGGUUGCGAGCAAGCAAAUGGUGGGAUUAUUUCUGAUGAUUUGGGCUCGGAAGGACAUAAGGGAUGACAUAAGAAAUCUCAAGGUUUCUUGUGUUGGCAGAGGAUUGAUGGGUUACCUUGGAAAUAAGGGUUCGAUUUCGAUUAGCAUGACAUUGCACCAAACAAGCUUCUGCUUCGUCUGCAGCCACCUGACAUCAGGGCAGAAGGAAGGCGAUGAGAUGCGCCGCAAUUCUGAUGUGCUUGAGAUCCUUAGGAAGACCAGGUUCCCAAUGGUUUAUGGGCAGUACGAGCGAUCGCCGGAAACUAUCUUAGAGCAUGAUCGUAUCAUCUGGCUCGGGGACCUAAAUUACCGAAUUGCGCUUUCCUAUCGGUCAGUGAAGGCCCUGGUGGAGAUGCGCAAUUGGAAAGCAUUGCUGGAGAAAGAUCAGCUAAGGAUCGAACAAAGAGGCGGGCGAGUGUUUGUCGGGUGGAACGAGGGGAGAAUAUACUUCCCGCCGACAUACAAAUACUCGAACAAUUCUGACAAGUAUGCUGGGGAUGACAUGAACCAGAAGGAGAAGAGGAGAACUCCUGCAUGGUGUGAUCGCAUUUUGUGGUACGGAAGGGGUCUUGGUCAAAUGUCAUAUGUUCGUGGCGAAUCUCGGUUUUCAGAUCAUCGGCCGGUCUACAGCGUCUUUAGUGCAGAAGUGGAGUCAAUCAAUCAUAGCAGAAUUCAGAAAAUGAGCUGUUCAAGCUCUCAGUUGGACAUCGGGGAACUACUGCCUUACUCAUAUGGAUAUACCGACAUCAAUCCGUAUGGAUACACUGAUCUGAAUUUCUACUGAAAGGGUUCAACAACGUUGGCAUCCUCCAAAUGUUCAGUCCUGUAACUAGUGAUGAAAAGUGACAGGCUAAAUUGGUGAAGGAGAGCGCACUGGCCAGGACCUAUCGGACAUAAGUUAAGCUUCUUAAAAUUGAUCACUGGCAUUGGUAUGUCUUGAUCAAUGCAGUUGAUUUGCAAAGCACAUCAGAGCUUACUGAAUUUAUCAAAACCAGACUAGCACAUUGGACAUCUUCAGAAAUGCAACAAAUGCUUGGCUAGUUCACAUGACAGGUAACUGAGACAAGGUGAGGACGACGUUCUCAGAACUCUGAACAAAGUGAUACACUGCAGCUGCAGCUGGUGGCCAUUGCGACUCAAAUUAUUUCACUGAAUUCAAAGAUAGUAGCAAGUAACCCAGAUGACACACACCGAAUGGUCUGUUUCUAUAUCAGAUAGUACGAUGAUCCAAUCAUAAGUCCAGAAGAUUUUGGCAACCCCAGCAAAGAUACAACUACUGACUACAUCGGAAAGCGUGCACCAAAUCUUUUUUCCCUUCUUCAUAUAUCUGUACAUUGUAUGGCAACAUUUUUUUUCCUUUCUCCCUGUUUUCGGACAGCAAACGACAAGUAGUAGUAGUCCUUUGCACAGUUUUACCUCUCUGUGUGCAGUUCAAAAGCUAGGGGGGAAAUGGGGGCCAUGAAUGCCUGCAUUUCUCGCAUAUCAUCUCCAUGGAUGGAAAAGGGUGCAUAGGGCCAUCAUUGUUCAUGCCCUCCCUGUUUCAUGAGUGUUGUCUGAAUCAACUGAGCUGACUAAAAGGCUACUUGUCAUGUUUUCACCA